AUGAAGGACCUUCUUGAUCUGUUCUUCAACUCAGUGACCAUAACGUUUUUUUGAGCAUCCUCUCUCUAAUUGAUUGCGUUAGAAACGCUACAGAAAACCCAAAAACAUGGCUGAAGCCGUGAUUGCAGUUGCCGCCCAAACACUUCGUGUUUUAGUAACAGAAAAAGCCAUACUUUUGUCAGGAGUGACGGAUGAAGUUGAAGAGAUCGUUUUCGGAGAAAGGGGGAGCUCUAUAACUGCUGAAAACCAAUGGUGGGGAAGACAAACUUACAACCAUCAGACUGACCAACACUUUGUUGGAAUGGAGGAAGAUGUGAAGAAAUUGGUGUCACUCGUUGUCGAUAACCAUAACCAGUGUCACCGUAGACAUUCUGCCGGAGAAGACCCAAAACUAGAAGAUGUUGGCAAGAGAAAUGGUAUGCAAAUGCGGGGGUCUACCAUUAGCAGUAUCUGUGCUUGGAGGGAUUUUGAAAGACAAGAAUUCUUUAACAGACUGGCAAAAGUGACGAAACACAGAUAUUUGCUCACCUUAGUUGAGAUGAAACAGCUAAGGCAUUUGUAUCUGUAUGGCACGGCAAAAAGGUACACUGAAAAUGGAAAGUUGCGGUUCCAUGGAUUGACUGAGCUGGAGACAUUCGUUGGACUGAACAGUGCAACAGAUGGAGUGUCUAAUCUUUCCCAGCUAUCAAAGUUAUGGAUUCUUCGUGCCAGAAUUUAUGAUAAAGAUAGCCUGAAAGUUGUCAUUUAUCAUCUUAAUGAGAAAGGGCAGGAGUUAAAGGAGGUAGUACUUCUAAUUUAUGUUUCUGAUCUUGUUGGUUCAGAUGAAGGUGCUGUUCUUUUUAGAAAGAGUCUAAUGUGUGGUAACCUUCAUCAAUUGAGAAUUGGAGUGGAGAUGAACAAAUUUCCAGAAUAUGAACCUCAAAUGCUGCAGAACCUUGUUAAUCUACGCUUGGAGAAUAACAAAAUGGAGGAAGACCCAAUGAGAACACUUGAGAUGCUUCCUCAUUUGCAACACCUCUUGCUAGAAUCUGAUGCAUACCUGGGAAAAGAUAUGGCUUGCCAUGCUGGGGGAUUUUGGAGCUCAGGAAUCUUCUCAUUGUAA